GCAACAACAACAACAGCAGCUGUAAGAGCAACAACAACAACAACAACGACAACAUGGGAAAAAAGAGCUCGAAAUUGAAACAGGAUACCAUCGAUCGUUUAACAACCGACACAUACUUUACAGAAAAAGAAAUUCGUCAAUGGCACAAAGGAUUUCUAAAAGACUGUCCGAAUGGUUUACUCACUGAGCAAGGUUUUAUCAAAAUCUACAAACAAUUUUUCCCACAAGGCGAUCCCAGUAAAUUUGCAUCGCUUGUGUUUCGUGUCUUCGACGAGAACAAUGAUGGGUCAAUCGAGUUCGAAGAGUUCAUACGCGCCUUAUCCGUUACAUCGAAGGGUAACCUGGACGAGAAAUUGCAGUGGGCCUUCCGUCUCUACGAUGUGGACAAUGACGGCUACAUAACGCGCGAGGAAAUGUAUAACAUUGUGGAUGCAAUCUAUCAGAUGGUGGGCCAGCAGCCGCAGUCGGAGGAUGAAAACACGCCGCAGAAGCGAGUGGACAAGAUAUUCGAUCAGAUGGAUAAGAAUCAUGAUGGAAAAUUAACAUUAGAAGAAUUUCGUGAGGGUAGUAAAGCUGAUCCACGUAUAGUUCAGGCGUUAAGUUUAGGUGGUGGUUAAACAAAUCAAUAGUAACGCGCAAUAACAACUCUAACAAAAAGAACAACAACAACAAAACAUAGAAAAACGCAGCUAAAGCUAUAAACAAAAAAAAAACAACUUCAACACCGCUUCUGGUUUUUGGUUACCAUUAUACACUCUCUCACAGAGAACUAAAACAUAUAUACUUAUAUAUACAUAAAUCAAUGAAUUACUAAAAAUACAAAAUCUUUAAAGCAAUCAGAAAUCAGACUCGCCCAAAUCUUGCAAAAAAUAAAAAACAACAUCAAAAAAAGGAAAGAAAAGAAAUCAUUUUUUUUCUCGAUUUCGCGCGUC